UUCUCCACACUUCAAAAAAGCUCACCCUCCUCCUCUCUCUCUUCCCCUCGAAGACAACACUGCAAAACAGUUUCAGUCCCACGUACUUCGUCUUCUACCUCUUAAGAGUCCCACUUGAUCACAACCGUUGUCCGUUGGGGCCUUCUGCAAUCAAUGGCUGCCUCUGUUCCAACUGUAGGGCCUGUUAACAGAGCAUCGUUGAAAUUGAAUGGUUCUGGGGCCAGAGAUUUGCUUCCAAGCUCGGCAUUUUUGGGCAACAGCUUGAAGAGGGUGAGCUCCAUUUCCAAGAUCACCCACCAGAGGAGUAUAUCCUCUGGGAAUUUCAAGCCUGUUGCGGAGUUCGAUGAGGAGAAGCAGAGCUCCAAGGACAGAUGGGGAGGACUAGCCUUCGACAUUUCCGACGAUCAGCAGGACAUUACAAGAGGAAAGGGAAUGGUGGACACUCUCUUCCAAGCUCCUAUGGGUUCCGGGACUCACUAUGCUGUCAUGAGCUCCUACGAUUACUCCAGUGCUGGCCUUCGACAAUUCAACGUUGAUAACAACAUGGAUGGAUUUUACAUUGCUCCCGCGUUCAUGGACAAGGUUGUUGUUCACAUCACCAAGAACUUCUUGAGCUUGCCAAACAUUAAGGUUCCUCUCAUCUUGGGCAUCUGGGGAGGCAAAGGUCAAGGAAAAUCAUUCCAAUGUGAGCUUGUCUUUGCAAAAAUGGGAAUCAACCCCAUCAUGAUGAGUGCCGGAGAAUUAGAAAGUGGGAAUGCCGGAGAGCCUGCAAAGCUGAUUAGGCAAAGGUAUCGUGAAGCAGCCGACAUCAUCAGGAAGGGAAAAAUGUGCUGCCUAUUCAUUAAUGACCUGGAUGCCGGAGCCGGUAGGCUCGGCGGAACUACCCAGUACACGGUGAACAAUCAAAUGGUGAAUGCCACCCUCAUGAACAUUGCUGAUAACCCAACCAGUGUCCAGCUUCCCGGCAUGUACAAUAAGGAGGAGAAUCCCCGGGUUCCCGUCAUAGUCACCGGCAAUGACUUCUCUACAUUGUAUGCCCCUCUCAUCCGUGAUGGUCGUAUGGAAAAGUUUUAUUGGGCACCUUCUCGGGAAGACUGCAUUGGUGUCUGCUCGGGUAUCUUCAGGACAGACGGUAUACCCAAGAAGGACGUAGUGAAGCUUGUCGACGCCUUUCCUGGACAGUCCAUUGACUUCUUUGGUGCCCUGAGGGCAAGAGUCUAUGACGAUGAAGUGAGGAGAUGGAUAUCGAGUGUCGGGGUAGAAAAUGUUGGGAAAAGGCUUGUGAACUCAAAGGAGGGACCUCCAAUCUUUGAGGAACCAGAAAUGACUCUCGAGCAGCUGCUUGGGUAUGGAACCAUGCUUGUCCAAGAGCAGGAGAAUGUGAAGAGAGUCCAAUUGGCUGAUAAGUACUUGAGUGAGGCAGCUCUUGGAGAUGCAAAUGAAGACGCCAUUAAAACUGGAAAUUUCUAUGGUUAAUUAGAUUCUUGAUCCUAAAGGUCUUGAUGGGAGUUUCCAUCGACUGGCUUUGGGAUUAUAUAGAUUUGACAAGAGAUUAUUUAAGCUGUUAAUAAUUGUUUGGAUGCAGGGAAAGAGUCCCAACGGGUUAAUCUUCCUGUUCCCGAAGGCUGCACCGAUCCAUCUGCAGCAAUCUUUGAUCCAACAACUAGGAGUGAUAAUGGGAGCUGUCUGUACCAAUUUUAGUUCUCUUCCAGGCAUUUGAGAAUAUAUUGAAGGCCAGGGGAAAAUAUCCUCUGAGAACUAGUGUAAUUAACUCUAUUUCGAUAAAAAAAAAAAAAAAAAAAAGUCUUUUGAUAUUUGUCUAGUAAUACAUGAAUACGAAUUUUCUUCUUA